AUAACUCCGAGUGAUCAAAGAGAAAGACAGAGUUUUGGAAUUUAUGUGCGAGUGAGAAGAAGCACGCGCGAAGCUCGUGGAUAUAUCUGACGCAGGCGAGAAAGUUCCGAGGAUCAUACAGAAGAAACGAGUUUGUAAACGAGGCCGGUCACAGCCGAGCUUCAGUUCGUCUGGGUGACUCGAAGAGUGGCAUGAGCGCGUGCGAGCGAGCGGUAUAAUGUAGUUAAAACCGAGUGUCGAUGAUAAACGGUUGUGCGCCAGCGAUAGCAGAGAACUUUUUUUAGAUUUAAAAUUUAAGAUCGGGGGCAAAGUUGCAGUGAGUGUGCGUUUUAAAAACAUUCUCGGUUUUUAUCGCAUUUACAACAAUCGCACACGAUUCUCUCGCGUUUGUGUGAAAUUAUUGUCGACUAAUCGAGCUGUAGAAGCGACCGAAAACACGUAGCGAUGACUAUUCACAAAAAAGGCACGGUGUCAAGGAUGAAGAAUGCGGGAACCGCGAAAAACGAAGUGGCGACGACGUCGACGUCCUCGGAUGUGACGACAACGGAGACAGUCGAGGUCGUAUCCUCCACCAGCGUCGUGGAGGAAUCGAAUCAGGUGAAGGAAAGCGAAUCUAAAAGUAGCAUGGUGGAGGUCACGAGUGCCAGUCGCGAGGUCAUCAUGGAUUCUAAAGGUAACAUUAUCAAAGUUAUCGAGACACCUCCACAGACUAUCCAACAGAGCUCGUCCAGCCGAAGAACCGGAAAAAGCUCUCAAGACUUUAUAGCAGGGGAACAGAUGCAAUCGAUUAAGCAAGCGAAGACGACGCACGAGAUUCCACGCGAGCACUCAACGUCUCUUUCGAAAAGUCGGACAAUUCAAGGAGAAAGGACUGAACAAGCCAGUCAAUCCGUGCAGACGCAAAGUCAAAGCGCAUCCACGAGGAUCAUAGCGGACAUCGUUCCACUGUUGUAG